AUGAUGUUGCUGCGACGACUGUUGUUUUUUAUGGCAUUGCUUUUGACUGUUGCCUGUGUGUGUGUGGCGUCUGGAGAGACUGGAGAGGCAGAGCGUACAUGUUCUGAUCCCUCAUCUGUAUCUGAUAAUGGUGGUUGUGAUGCAGGAAAGAAGGGCUCCAAGAGUGAUAAUGAAACUGACGUAGCAAAAGCUAAUCCUCUUGGGUGUCCAGACCCUUCAGGCAAUGAAAAGUGCCCUACCGAAAAGGAUAGUGAAAGUGAAGGUGAUUGCCCUCAAGGUUCUAAAACUUCUUGUCCACAACCUAAAGAUUUGAAGGAAUCCACUCUCACUCCAUCAAUGGGACCUGUUCUACCUGGUGGACAGCUUAGUCCUGGCGAAAGUGGAACU